CCAUGUCAGCUCAUCCAAGUCCUGAGGGCAUUGAAUGUUUUGCAGAUUCUUUGUCUGACUGCUGGCUGACCCGGAUCCCAGAUCCCGGGGGUGUUUUCCAAGUUUUGGGACUGACUUUGGCUUUCCACUCUCCCCUUCCCCCUUUAUCCAAUUCCACAUAGCCAAGUAUCCUGCAAAUGCAAUGAUGUCUGUUGCUACUUCUGUGUUUCCUUUAGCUGGAGGGGUCCCUGCCACCCAAGUGGCUCCAUCUGUAGAAGAGAAAUGGGUCCUACAGCCGUCUCUGACCCUCCUUGUUUUUAUCCUUAUCCCCUGUGUGGUGCUGCUGUUUUUUCUCAAUUGCUUCCUCCUAUUCCACCGCCUUCCUUCCCUGUCCCCGAAACAGAGGAGCAAACGGAGAGGUGGGCCAAGGGGCAACAAUCCCUGUGCUAGAGCUACCCACUUCAGGCUACCACCUGGCUGCCUGGGCGCCUCCAAUAAGUCAUUGUGCGAUGGGCGAUGUGCUAGCAUCAGCCAAGGCUUGGAGGCCACCCUGGCCCUUGGCGAGAGUGCCCAUGUGUCGCUGGGCACCCAGUCCAGAGAAUGGUGUCAUAAGUUAGAAGAGACGCCAGGAUUACACUAUUCACCGCGCCCGUCUAGGAUGGCCAUCGUGCCUUUCUCCUCAUCAAGGUCCUGUGGCAUGCCCCAUGAGGGGGAUAUAAGCUGGAAUGAAGUGGAAGAUGACAGAGGUGGUACAAGGUCAUCAAGUGAGCAGGAGACUAGGUAUAACGCGGCUCCCCCGAAUACGCCAGCGGCAGCCAUGGCUCCAGGGACGGUGACUCCAAAGGGAAAAUUUUGCUGUAAGACGAGUACACAUAGGAAACGUCUCAAUGGUGUUGCAUCCCUCACCCCGCUGGGCUCGGUGUUGUUUGACAAUGCUAGUAGCAUUCCUCCAGAAGACACGCCCUCCUACCUCUACCAUAACAGCAGUUCCACUGGCCCAGGACUGGACAGUGAUUUUGGGGUCAGUGCCGGUGUCUCUUUGCACAUUCUGUCAUCAGACAGUGACUCCGGAUCACACUCCUGGGCUUCAGGAAUGGAGUGGGAUUACUACGACCCCUGCUACAUGCGGAAGAACCGGCUUAGGAACGAGAACCGACAACUCCACAACCUCCCAGUCAUAUGCAGCAAGCAGUACUGGGUCUAACUGCCGGCACUGGGUCUAACUACAGGAACUCUUGACAUGAGGAGCCUUGCAGAACUCAACCCC